AUGAGCGUCAGUUCAGUUCACCCGCGAUCCCCUUUGAUUGUCCCAGGAAAACCGGUCUGUCCGCCGCAUUUAGUACACAAUGAAACCCCACAGAGCAAUUUGAUUGAUCCGCAGAACGGGCUUGUGAAUUCUGUGGAGCUCGAGUCCACAUCUUGCUCGCUCCUUACCAAUAUGAACCGGACUGUCCGUAAGGUUAGCUCACGGACAACCUCCACAGAGUGGUUUGUUGGUCCCGCUGAGCGGUUUCUUGAAUUCCAUGGAACCUUACUCUCACAACUUGCUAGCUCCUUUGCUCCAACUGUCAAGAGCGCAGACGGUUCUCAAAUUUCGCGAGAGGUCGUGUUUGGCUGCCCGCCCCCGCAGGUCUCAUGA